AUGAAGGACUUUAUGAACUUGUACAGUAAUCUCGUCCAACGUUGUUUUGAGGAUUGUGCCAAUGACUUUACAACAAAGGCUGUUUCUAGAAAGGAGGAAUCCUGCGUAAAGAUGUGUGCAGACAAGUUCCUGAAACACUCUGAAAGAGUGGGUGCUCGAUUUUCUGAGCUCAGCCAGACCGUAAGUGAGAGGAUUACAGAUCCACAAAUACUUAUACACAUAUAUAUUAGAUGA